ACCUCACUGCACCCAGGGGGAGAUCCAUAAAUGUUUUUAAUUAUAAACACCGUAUUAGAAACAACAACAAAAAAAUUGUUUGAUGGGGGCACUUUUACAGUUUUUUUCACUAAACUUAUGAUAUUUGAUAAUUUAACUUAAAUUACUAAAUAAAAAAUAAAAAAUAAAAAUCAGUAGGGGGGCACGAAGACCCAUACCGAUGUGUAUACAUCCGCAGUCAUAUUAACAAAAAUAUCUAUAUAUACUUAUAUAUCUAUAUGUUUUAUUACUAUUUGGAUCGUAAUGCAUUUGUUUUGCAAUUACAACAAUCAUUCAAAUUACAUUUAUAUGGCUUUUUCAUGUGUAAGAUUUCGUCCCAUGAACACAACGCACUAAAGAAAGUAUACACAAACAACAAAUUCCAAGAGAAAUUCACGGAAGUAAAUAUGGAUUCAUGAACUAUCUCUCUCUCCAGGUGUUGAUAACAAGAGUGAGAGAGAUCUUAAGAAAGCUAAAAACAUGGAGUUUGAAAAUUCCUUAAAUCCCUAGAACUUUUCUCACUACGAAACAAGAGCCGAUUUCAUCUCAGAUUUACUUCCCUUUAAUCUCUCCUACUUUUAAUGAUUUUUUAUUUCUUUCUCCUUUUGCCACAAUUUUUUCUCCACCACUUUUUUUCUUCCGUUUCUUAUAUAAGUUGUUAUCAAUCAUGUCUCUCUGUUUUAUAUAUGAUACACUUUAACCUAGAAAGAAAUAAACAUGUGUAGCAAGACAAGCAUUGGAAACUAUGGAGAUGAUUACUCAGGUUCGUGUCCCAAAAAACAGAAGAGUAAUAACAAUGGAAAAAGAAGAGUUCCUCGAAGAGGUCCUGGUGUUGCCGAACUCGAGAAGAUCCGUCUCGAAGAACAACACAUCUCUUCCUCCGCACAACUUCCUCCUCCUCAGCCGGAAAAACCUCCGUCUGUGAUUCAUACGACCACCACCAUGAGAUCCGGUCCGGUUUACCCGUUCCCGUCUUAUUUUACAGCCGGAUCUUUCCCUAGUGAUCUGAUCCCUCCGGCUCCAGUUUUUCAAAGGAAUCACGAUUCGUGUCUUCACUAUCUCGCACCCAUGAAUAUACCGAAUCCAGGGUUUUAUCAGUUUAUAGAGCCCCCUUCAAAUCAAUCAUCUUGCCAUGACAAUGUCUCUCAAUUUUCUGACAGCCAAAAGGCAAUUUUAUUAAUCGUGGCGGCAAAAAGGCCAUGGCAAGUUAUGGCAGAGUCUACGAGAUGUGACGUGGGACCGACGGUAACCAUAUCAAGAAAUGGUAAACAAAUCAAGCCCCUUGACCAAAGAUUGAGAAAUCAUUUUCAAGAUUCAGGAACCACAUUUAGAAAUCCAAUCACCAUUGAUUCUCCUUCACCACCAAUUAUACCAAAUUCUUCACUCGAUUUCCCGCGCUUCAUGCAUUAUGAACAGAAGGACGGGUUUAAUCGUGAAAGCAUGCCACAAAGAGGCGUUGUUAAUGCUUCCUCAAACAGAAAACCGUUCUACAGUUUCCUGCCUGCGAAUGAGCAGAGAAAUGACGACCAAGAUCUAUCUAUUAGCUUGAGAACCGAGAAAUAUGACACAGUCACUGAUCACGGCAUUGAUCUUCGCCUUAAGUUAUAAGCAAUUGGUCUUUUAAGCAAUCUAUUUUUUUUUUUGAAACUUCGAAUCUUUACAUCAGUUUGUUGUUUUUGGGACAUUAAAACAAAGAUCUGCCAAAUAUUUGGCUUUGUAUUUGCUUCUUUUUUUUCCCUUUAAUAUACAAACAUAAUGCAAGUGAAAGAAUCUACAUCGCCUUAAUUUCAUUUUUGUCUAAACAGAGUUUCACAGGACUAAGCAUGAAAAGCAAUCGAUUUGUAUUCAGAAACCUUACUUGCAUGAAAAGCAAUCGAUGUGUAUUUGCAUUCAAUUAAUUAUUUGAAACUUUGAAGCAUUAGGAAUUUAUUGGAGUGUUUCUUGUCCCAAUCAAAUAUUAAACCCUGAGAACAAAGUUGGCCUUCUUCAGUCAAAGUCCGCAGACGUUGAUAGAUAUUCAUAUUAACAAAGUCUGAAACAUUAUUUUAUCUCGAAAUGUUUAACACCAUAGAGCUCGUAAACAUACAACGCAGACGGAACUUUAAAAAUACUUACUGUGAAUCUAAAGGGAAGAAAAGCACAAAAUCUUCAGAGAGAGAAAAAACUUGGAAACAUUCAGUGACUAUAUGUUAGAGGUGAGCGUUCCGAUCUUGUCUCGAGAAUUAAAAUGAAGAUAGACGAG